AUGUUUACUAUUAUUUUCAUAUUGCUUGUUGUGCGAACAUCGUCGUUAAGACCUUAUCAUGGAUGUACCCGAGACAAAACUUAUGAAGAUUUAGUUUAUUGUUCUCCGUCUUUGAGGCUAAAUUCACCAUUUAUUCCUCCAAUACCUCAAUGCUGUAAAAACUUAAAAAUUGACAAGAUGCGUUGUCUUUGUAAUGCUGUCAACUCCCAAUUUAUCCAAGUUUUUGAUGUACAAAAGCUCAACAAACUAUCUCACGCAUGCGGCAAUCUAUUAAUUCCCGGCUCUUAUUGUGGAUUAUACAAAGUUCCCGGUGGUGCAUGA